GGUUGUUGUGGCUGUAUCAAUGAAGCAGAUUGCCUGACAAGCAAAGUGAGGGGAAAAAAAAUUACACACUUAAAACCGGCUUUUGUAGGAGAAACCAGUUUCUUUCCCCUUUACGUAGGACAGCAACACGUUAGCUUGGUUACAGAAUACCAAAGACUCCAAAUGCCAUAUAUUUAAACACGAAAGUUAUCUGUUAAGCUAAAGCUAACUGUAGUGCGUGUAGGGAUAUUAAGUGCCAGUAGGACACAGAGGGAAAGGCCACACACGCCUUCUUCCCCUCUGGGACAACCUGGCUUCAGAUGAGCUCCACAGAGGAGCCGGAAGAAACCAGCAAACUCUCAGGCGGUGACAGGACACUUGCUUUGGCUGUUUGCUCUGCUGCCAUUGGAGGCACCUUCCAGUAUGGCUACAACAUCUCGAUUAUCAACGCUCCUACCAGCUACAUCCAGAGCUUCAUCAAUGAUACCUACAUGGAGCGCUGGGGCAUCAGCUUGGAGGCCCCUCAGGUGACAUUAAUGUGGACUCUGAUUGUGUCUGCCUUCUCGCUGGGCGGUUUGCUAGGAGCCCUGCUAGCAGGGCCUCUGGCCGUCCGCUUUGGUAGGAAGAACUCGCUGCUUCUGAACAAUUCUUUCCUGUUUGUUGGUGCUGUGUUGGUGCUAGCGUGCAGGGUGGCGAAAUCAGUCGAGAUGAUCCUCUUUGCUCGCUUCCUGGUGGGGAUAAACGCGGGCGUCAGUAUGAACGUCCAGCCUAUGUACUUUGGGGAAAGCGCGCCCAAACACCUCCGGGGUGCUGUGGCUUUUUCCUCUGCUGUUUUCACUGCAUUUGGGAUCUUCUUGGGUCAGGUUGUGGGUCUCACUGAGCUGUUGGGCACAGAGCCUCUUUGGCCCUACUUACUUGCUAGUAACGCUUUGCCAGGGCUGAUCCAGCUCCUUACCCUACCCUGGUUCCCCGAGAGCCCCAGAUACCUUCUCAUUGACAGGGGGGACAGGGAAGCGUGUGUCCUGGCGCUUGGGAGGCUUCGGGGUGGGCAAGCGCCCGUCUUGGAGAUGGAGGAGAUGCUUCAGGAGCAGCAGCAGCAAAAGUCUGCAGCCUUGGAUUCUGGAUCCGCGGCUUCUGCCAAGACGCCCUGGACCCUGUUUAAAGACCCCGACCUGCGUUGCCAGCUCAGAACAGUCAUGGCGGCCAGCAGUGCCAUGAUGCUCUGCGGCAAUGACUCCAUCUACUUCUACGCUUACUACAUCUUUCUCGCAGCAGGGAUCCCUCCAGAGAAAAUCCAAUACAUCACCAUAGGCACGGGGGCGUCUGAGCUAACUGCCUCUAUUCUGAGUAAUCUGCUGAUUGAACGUGUGGGACGCAGGCACCUCCUUGUGGGAGGGUACUUUCUUAUGUGUUUCUGGACUGUAGUCUUCACCGUAGCCCUAAACCUCCAGAUGGCUUACCUCAGCAUGGCAUGCGUGUUCGCCUACAUUCUCAGCUUCGGCUUGGGCCCUGCAGGGGUGACGGGGAUCUUACCCGCUGAGAUCUUUGACCAGGCGGCGCGGCCGGCAGCGUACAUGGUAGCUGGCUCGUGUAUGUGGAUCAGCCUGUUCUUGGUGGGCAUGCUGUUCCCCUUCUUCGUCAGAAGCCUGGGGGACUUCUGCUUCCUGCCGUUCUUGGCCGUGUGUUUGGUGUCCGCUGUGUUUUUGGGGCUCACCCUACCAGAGACUAAAGGCAAGACGCUGGCUGAGAUCACUGCAGAGUUUGAUAGCAAGAAUGGCGUGAAGAAGAAGAGGUCGGGCACGCAAGUGGAGGAGACCAUUGGGGAGGACUACCAGCUGGGUAAAGCCUGCUCCUUCGCUAGCCUAACGCAAGAUCCUGACGCUAAACCUGACCCUGGCCUCAGAAUGGGGACUGAUAUUUGAAGUCCGGUGAAAGUGGAAAUGAAAGUGCCUUUGUGGCUUCUUUAUGCACUUACAAUGUAGAAAGGAUUACUCCGUAGGGGAAAUCUGAAGUGUCCUAUUUAUGAAAGGUGAUCUCUGUGUAAUGACUAGGGCUGUCCUUGACCAAGAAAUUCUUAGUCGACUAACACUCAUAUGAUUUUGCCGACUAAUGGAUUAGUUGAGUUUCUCCCCAAUGAAUCAUGCAAAAGCACCACUUUAAAUCUUGUGUUUACUGGAGAUGUGCUAAUUAGUUUCUCGUAAAUAAGUCAUUCAGCAUGAAAUAGAAUGGAAAAAAUAAGUAAUUGACUAAAGAAAUCCUAGUCGACUCUGACCAAAACGACUGAUUAGUCGACUAAUAAACUCAGAGGGGGCAGCCCUGGUAAUGACGGAUAAUUUAAAGCUUUAGUAGGUAACUUCAUUAUAUUAAUUAACAUGCGUUACAUUCAAGCCAUUGCCAAGUGAGUUGAUACAAAGCUAAUUAAGACUAUCAGCUCCACACAACUCUCUCUGGAUUUCUCAGUAUGGCUAUGUUCAGAAACUGGUGUCAUCCGGCGAAAUUUGCGUGCAGAAAAUCGAGCGAAAAAGCGAUGACGAGAUGAUCUCUUUCGUAGAAUUACACCAUAACCGCAAGCUCAAUAUGAAAUUGCCUUUCCAAUAACCAACAUACAAAUGUCCACUCAAUCUCCAGUAAAAGUAGAAUACUGGGAGGAUUACUGCACGUCAUUUUUUUUAACUCUGUCCCAUCUCCCUUUCAUUCAGUACACUCUGCUUAGUCAGUCAAAAAGCAGUGUGAUUGACAAUUAUGAAUUUUGGUACCUCUGCGAAUUUCAGAAUCAGAAAGGAAGAUAUUGCCACAUUUUAGGAUUUAGGAUAAGACUUUAUUGAAGCAUUGUCACUGUGAGGUUCCAGUUACAGGGAAGCGGUCAAGAAGAUUAUAUACGUCAAAUGUAGCCACAUAACUCACAUUGACACUCACUCAAACUCUCUGAAGGUGUUAAUAAUAUAGCCUACAUGGUUGUUGUUUUUUUUAAGUGGAGUGGGUAAUCAAUGUAUUAAAGGAUUUCUCCAAUUCAACACUUCUGCGCUGGGUAGAUAACAGUGCCUGUUUAUUGCGUAAUGUGAUUAUAAACUGUUUUGUUGACAUGCCUAUCCAGUCGCGUGAUCCAUGCUUGUUACAUUUCACUGUUCAGUGAUCCAAGUGGGAAUGUUACCUCUCUAAACUCAGGUUUAGUGUCACAGGAUGAAGCCUCUAUGAUUUAUGCAUAUUUUUUAUUUUUGCAUCAACUGUACAGUAUUUAUAUUAAUUGGACUCCCAGCCAAGUUAUCUUUUUUAACUAGUUCUACUAACAGCAUGAUUUCAUUUAACCACCACGUGUACUUAUGCACUGAUGUUUAUGAAUGCAGCUCUGCCAAACAGCCGGUAGAUGACGCCAUUGUCAUUGUCCUUUGCCUCUUCUUCGGUCGCUUAAAUAUGAAGCUGUUAAACAUGAAAACGACUCACAGAUGUAACACCCAGGCCAAGAUGACACUUGUAAAUUCAACAGCUGUCAGCCUCACAGCGCUUGCAAAGCCUUCUGUUGACCAUCUGUCACAGCCCCCGUAUGCUCCCUUUUUUGACCUUUUUAGAUCAUUUCUCAAGACUGUAUCAAGAUGGAGCAGAUAUUUAUUAUUUUGUAUUCAAGAUGCUUUUGCCAAAGAUAUUUAUUUUUUUAUUAAUAAUCCAAAUCACCCUCUCUUGAUCCUACUUUUCUUGCUGGAUUUCUGUUAUAAAAAAAAACACUUCUGUAGCAUGUUGAAGAUGCUGUGCACUGACUGAAUGAAAUAUUGUUAUUGUUUGACGCUGUCUUUCCAAAGCAUGCCAUGACAAACCUUGAUGAUAAUAAGGAUUCUGUAAAAAGCUCACUGUACAGGGGCGGGGCUAGAAGGGGGGGCCCACCAAUCCAUUUGGCUAGAGUGCUGUCAUUCUGACUUGUGAUUUCCAUUGGAUCAGAGUACUGUCACUUGGCUGCCUGAUCUGCCAAUUCUCCCAGCCAUUGUCACAUGACCAAUUAAUGUUUUCAUGAUGACUAUCCAAAAUUCUGAUAUUAUGGAAACAGCACUGGAAUUUAUUUAAAUUUUUUUAAUUGGCAGA